AUGUUCCAGAUCUAUCUUCUAGAUUUGUUUACAGUGCCUGCGUCUAGAGAAGUGUAAAGUUGGCCAGCAUGGGAGUUCGCCCACUCUUCCUACUAUGAUGUCUUGUCACACUUUCAGAUUGGAUUUACAUCUCUUGCCUGGAUCCAUGACCAUCAAAUAAUAGCUUGACACUGGCUGCCUCUCAUCUUGGCCUGUGAAAUCUCCCUGGAGGUUGGUUUUGCUUUCUCUUGCUUCUGUUCCUCCACUCUUCGGUGCAUAUGGCUCUUUGUGGAACCACGGCUGCCAACGCGGCCAAAAUGAUGGUGGCUUACAGUGGUGGAGCUUCAGCGGUGGCGUCAGCGACCCAUCAUCCGCACCACCAUCACCAGUUGGCGCACCUGCCUCCUCCGCACCAACUCCACCACCAGCACCACCAUCAUGCAGGCCAGCACCAUCUUCAGCAGCAGCAGCAGCAUCCUGCUCCCGGCUCUGCUGCCGCCGUACAUCCGGUCCAGCAGCAACACGCGUCUGCCGCCGUCAUGCUCAACCCCAGUCAGCAGCAGCAGCAGCAACCUUACUUUCCUUCGCCUGCACCGGGACAGGCUCCUGGUCCAGCUGCAGCAGCAGCACCCGCUCAGGUGCAGGCUGCCGCCAUCAAGGCGCACCAUCACCACCACCAGCAUCACCUACAGCAGCAGCUGGACAUCGAGCCUGACAGGCCUAUUGGAUACGGCGCGUUCGGCGUGGUCUGGUCAGUGACUGAUCCCAGGGACGGCAAGCGCGUGGCUCUUAAAAAGAUGCCCAACGUCUUCCAGAACCUCGUCUCCUGUAAGAGAGUGUUCCGCGAGCUGAAGAUGCUUUGCUUUUUCAAGCAUGAUAACGUCCUGUCAGCUCUGGACAUUCUGCAGCCCCCUCACAUCGACUACUUUGAGGAAAUUUACGUGGUGACAGAGCUGAUGCAGAGCGACCUCCAUAAGAUCAUCGUGUCUCCUCAGCCCCUCAGCUCCGACCAUGUCAAAGUCUUUCUCUACCAGAUCCUUCGAGGUUUGAAGUAUCUGCACUCAGCUGGCAUCCUGCAUCGAGACAUCAAGCCCGGCAACCUCCUCGUCAACAGCAACUGCGUGCUCAAGAUCUGUGACUUUGGCCUUGCUCGGGUGGAGGAGCCUGACGAGUCACGUCACAUGACCCAGGAGGUGGUGACACAAUACUACCGUGCCCCCGAGAUCCUUAUGGGAAGCCGUCACUACGCCAAUGCCAUUGACAUCUGGUCGGUAGGCUGCAUCUUUGCUGAGCUGCUGGGUCGACGCAUCCUCUUCCAGGCCCAAAGCCCCAUUCAGCAGCUGGACCUGAUCACAGAUCUGUUGGGGACUCCGUCUCUAGAGGCCAUGAGAACAGCAUGUGAAGGAGCCAGAGCUCAUAUUCUCAGAGGACCACAUAAACAGCCCUCACUUCCUGUCCUGUACACCUUAUCCAGUCAGGCGACCCACGAGGCAGUUCAUCUGCUCUGCAGGAUGUUGGUGUUUGACCCGUCGAAGAGAAUCUCCGCGAAAGAUGCCCUUACUCACCCGUACCUGGACGAGGGGCGUCUGCGCUACCACACAUGCAUGUGUAAAUGCUGCUACACCAUGUCGUCAGGCCGAGUCUACACCAGCGACUUUGAACCUGUCACCAACCCCAAAUUUGAUGAUGGCUUUGAGAAGAAUCUAACAUCAGUGCGACAGGUCAAAGAGAUCAUUCAUCAGUUCAUCCUGGAGCAGCAGAAAGGGAAUCGGGUUCCUCUCUGUAUAAAUCCCCAAUCUGCUGCUUUCAAAAGCUUUAUUAGCUCAACAGUAGCUCAGCCCUCCGAGAUGCCUCCGUCUCCUCUGGUGUGGGAGUAGCUGAUCAAAGGCGCUGAUGUCAAUGACAAAGACAUGAAGGCUGUGGCGGUUACCCUUUCCGUGGUCCCCUCACACACGAUCCUGGACUACUGAAACCCCUCUUUGAAAAACCUGCGUAGCAUUUCACUGGAUUCUAGCACUAGCCAAGUUGCUGAUGUGUGUACUGUAAUACUAACUCAAUCUAAAUGAAGUUGCAGAAAACCAACCACUGCUGAUGGAAGUUUGUGAAUAAAGAGAGGGAGAAGGGGGUGGUCACGGGGCGUACGUAUGGUAUUUCCACUGCUGUGUAGUUGUACAGAGGCAUGUGUGUGAGUGUUAGAGAGAGAAAAGUGUAGAUACGUACACAAACACACAGCCGGUACAUGAAGACUGGACAGAGUGUGUGGUAUAGGGGAUCUGCUUAUCCACUCAUUAUUUAUUCACUGAAAGAGGGAACGAGUGCAUUCACUCCACAAAGCCGACGGCAAAAAAGCACUCUUUACCCCCUCUCUCUCUCUCACACACACACACACACACACACACACACACACACCUCUACCACAUUUAUCAGGUAAUUUAUUUAAUGCUUCACUGUAGUGUCAAAGGAGUAGUUCAUAGUUUAUUCUUUAUUUUAUAUUCUAUUAUACUUUAUUUUGUUGUAUUGUCUGUCUUGACAUCCUUUUUGUCAACUGCUUUUGUUCCCUUUUGUCUUUGAUCUCGACAUCAUAAGUCAGUAUUUCCACAGUUAGGUGACAGUGCAGAGAUACUGAUAGCGAGGCAGCUUGUGCUAAAAGACUGCUGAAUGUAGCCGUCAUACUGAAACAUGACAGGAUGGCCGGAUUAAACAGUCAAGGCCAAAAAAAUGGGGUGCAAUGCCAGCCUGCUGCUCCCAGUUUAGGUUCAAGGGGAAAGUGAAUUGUUUCUAAACUAGCAGGCUACAGUACAGAAGGUUAACUCUGCUUUCACAUCAGUAGUCAACAGUGCUUAAAAGUGUGAAUUCCAGUAACAGGAGGUGAAGUGACCACUGGCAAAACUUAGAAAACGUUGUUUUGCAGAUAUAGCAACUACCAGUGAGGAAUAAGCCCAGGGGGACUUGCUUUUUACCACUGCAAAACAUUGUCUAUUUUUGUUUUUAUUGCACUCGAAAUGAAGGUUACGCUUCAAAUAUUUCAGAACAUACAAUAGAAAAGAUGGAUGAAGAAACUUGGAAAUCCUGAGUGUGUAAAAAUAGCCAGUAAUUAGCUGCAUUGCUGAGCAAACUAGCUUUUUAAUGUCCUCUGAAUUUCCUACUUUUAGAGCCGGAUUUUUGG